UGUGUGUGUGUGUGUGUGUGUAUAUUAUGUAGGGUUGUGAUCGACCCCCACCAUCCUCUGCCCGGGGAGAAAUCCCCUUUAGCCGUUCACCCGAGGCUGUGUGGUUGACAUUGCGUCUCUUAGCAACAGCAGACGCUAAACAUGGCAGACAAAGAGAGCGCAGGUAAGGAGCAAUAAUACACACGAGCAGUAAGUUGCCUUCGAUCCAAACCACAGAGGUAGGAUACAACUGUUACUGAUCUGUACUGUUCUUUCUGAGUGUGUUUUAGCUUGCUGGCGGGGUAGGGAUUCUGUAACUUUGGAACUCAGUUAGCAGCAGCACACGCUAAACAUCAUGGAAGAGGAGAACAAAGAAGCCGUGAUCUCUGAGAUCCACAGAAGAAUCGCAGAGGCCUUUAAUGUGUUUGACAAUGAGUCCAGCAAGUCGGUAGAUGUGAGAGAGGUGGGAACCAUCAUACGAUCACUGGGAUGUUUUCCAUCAGAAGCAGAAUUACAUGAAAUGAUUGCAGAGGUUGAGGAAGAGGAACCCACAGGUUAUAUCCGCUUUGAGAAGUUUCUCCCAGCGAUGACAAAGGUGCUGAUGGAGCGCAAGUUCCGGCCCAUCCCUAAAGAUGUGCUCAUCCAGGCCUUUGAGGUUUUAGAUCAGGAAAAGAAAGGAUACUUGGAGGCUGAAGAGCUGAAGAAAUAUAUGACUCAGGAAGGAGAGCCCUUCAGCCAGGAUGAGGUGGAGGAGAUGUUGUCAGCUGCACUGGAUAAUAAAGAAAAUGUCAUUUUUUACAAGGACUUAGUCAGCAAGAUGACCUUUGAGGACCUUUAGCUUUCGAUUUGUCACACUUCACAUGGUACUGCUGCGUUACAUCCGCAUAUUAAAAGCAGACCAUGCAAUGUGCUUGUGCUUUGCUUGACAUCUGAAAUAUUGAAUAUUUAACAAAUGUUAAAAUCCAGUCCCCAGUCUACCGGAAGACAAGAAAAGCAAACAGCUGCACGUUGUCCUUUAAUAUCAGUCUGGUCGGCCCUGUUUCUGACAGCGCAUAUGAUAUUGUCAUGAUUUCUGACCACAAUAAAGCGGUUUAUUCACGGAAA